CAGCUUUAGAAGCAUUAGCAGCAAACCCCUCUCCCAUUCAACCUUGGGGGGUGAGAUAGGGUGAAGAAGCAAGCAGCCAUGGGAAGAGCUCCAUGUUGUGACAAAGCCAAUGUAAAGAAAGGUCCUUGGUCCCCUGAUGAGGAUGCCACUCUCAAACUCUAUGUGGAAACUCAUGGCACUGCAGGCACCUGGAUUGCUCUGCCCACAAAAGCUGGGCUAAAGAGAUGUGGCAAGAGCUGCAGGUUACGGUGGCUAAACUAUCUUAGACCCAACAUCAAGCAUGGAGACUUUACAGAGGAUGAAGACAAUCUCAUCUUUAAUCUCUAUAAUCAAUAUGGAAGCAGAUGGUCUAGCAUAGCCUCUCAGCUCCCUGGUAGAACAGACAAUGAUGUGAAAAACCAUUGGAAUACUAAACUGAAGAAGAAGAAGAAGCUGUUAGUUGCAGCAGGCAAAACCAAGCUCCAAACCAUGAGCAGCACCGAGACCUCACUGCCACAAACAAUCUCAAACUCUGCUGGUUUUGACUCUGUUGCUCAGUUUCAGACUCCUAAUGUCUCCCCUUCAAGCUUCUCCGACAUGGUUCCCGGCGGCAGUGGUUAUGGUAGAGAUGAAUGGGGUUUAAUGGAAGAUUGGGGCUGUGACUUCUCACCCGACAUGAUCUGCAGCAUGUUUUUUAAGGAGAAAAAUGGUAAAUUAUGUCUCUAACAAACACAUAACAAAUACAUAUCUCUUAUCGUAUGGAGCAUUCUAAUAACCUCUUUCCUAAUCGAGGCUCGACCCCCUCUAGAGCCCUCGAACAAAGUACACCAUUUUGGCUACACCUUCGAGGUUCACAACUUCUUUGUUCGACUUUGGAAGGACUCUAUUGACAUGAUUAAGUUAAAGACAUGACUUUAAUACUAUGUUAGAA